CGACGCACGCGUACACCUCUGCGCGAAGCGCGUGAUCUCGACAGCUUUCUCUAUUUCCCUCCUCUCAGCGCGCGGAAAAUUUGCUGUGCGCUACGGCAUGGUAUUCGCUUGCUCCCGCGGCGCACUGGCCGCUCGCUGCGGCGACGGCAUGCUGACGAGGCUGCCAAGGUUGCCGAGGCUGCCUGGAGCACUACAUGCGUGCUUCACGUCUUCAGGUCAUGCUCAAACAAUCCCGAUUGGCCAGGGCGGGCGUCUUGUUAUAGACAUGGCCAAGGCGGCAGCGGUGAUCAAGGUCACCACACAGUGGAUAGACUCAUGCAGCGUUGAAGUCUCGCGCCUCCCUGCUGGUUCUGAUGGUCGCAGCUUGGCGGGAGCGGGGGCCAAGGAAGUUCUAAGCAACCUCGAUGCUGCAGGCCUUUCGUUACACGCGGACGAGGCUCAUGCCCAGGUCACGCUUGCCCAUGAUAAAGAGCACCCGAGCGUGGAAGACACGUAUCUCAUCGAGGCCGUGGUCCCUGAGCUUUUUUCUGUGGAGUUGUUGGCCUCGCACGGCAACGUUUCCGUGUCCAAGAAGAUCAAGGGCGACUGCAAAGUCCGGCUCGACAGGGGGGACAUCAACGUCGGUAUUGUUCGCGGGGAGACAAUUCGGCUAUCAACAGGCCGUGGGCAUAUCAAGGUCGACGAGCUAGAGGGGAACGUGGAUAUUACCGCCACAUCGAACGUUCGUGCAAGACUCAUCAAUGGAGCUAAGGUGAAAAUUAAUACGACAGGCCACGACGAUCCAUCAGUCAACGUGGGCGCGUUGUACUCGUCCGGCGCCCACAUCACUUCAGCAGGGAACGUAGGGGUGUCUUCGUGCCACGGGCGUAUCGCAGUGCACACCGCCGACACGUCGGGCAGUGUCAACCUUUCCAGCGUCAGUGGGACCGCCCAUGUAUCUGCAGGUGAAGGUGGCGCUACCGUACACUUGGACGUGUUGGAAGAGGGGACGGCCAGCCACAUCAGGUCUAACGGAGGUGAUAUCAACGUGUCGUUGUCCCAGCAAGUGGAUGCUGAUGUGGAAAUCACGGGAGACGUUGUCAAGGUUCCGUCAACGUUUAAAGGAGACACGCAGAGAGGCAGAGCCGUGGGCAGCAUUUACAGUGCACAAGUAGAGCCUUCGCGGGCGACAAGACACGGCUCAACGAGCUCUACGGACGCAGGGGGCGGCAAGAUCGACAUGGUUGGAGCUCGGGGCCAGUCGCUUAGGCAAUACUUUCCGGGAAACACAGCGACCACCAGCGUACGCCCAAAGCUUUCCGUGGUUGCUGAAGGAGGUUGUGUUGUGGUGGAGACUCUAAGUUGGGCGGACAACAUCACCCGAAAAUUCGCAGCACGUGAGGCCGCCACCGGGUUGUAG